CAGCAGGAAUUCCAGUUAUUCAUGAUGCAGGGCGGAGCUACACUCAUCGUUUAAUAAUCAGCUCCUCAUAACAAUCCGUUAAACCCAGUUCCAAAGUGCUCUGGAGUCUCCUGUGUGAAGUUCCACCAAACGAAGACCAUCUGACUGUCACACUGAGGAUCAUUUAUACCAGGAUCAAUAACGUGUACAGGAGGAGGAGGAUGCAUCUUCCAGAAUGUUCCAGAUGAGCAGAUCGUUAAGUUUAUUUUAUUUAUUUGGUGUGAUGAGCUAGAAGGAAUCCAGAGUGGGUGAAUAAAUUGUGAUUGAAGUAUCCAAGCGGUGUUGAUUUAGAGAAGAUGGAUCAGCAGAGCGUUAAUCAGGCUGUGAUGGAUAAAUCUCCGCGCUCGGCGUUUAGACCGGGUCACUCUCGCAGCAACAGCACCGGAUCCUCACGGCAGAACUCCAGAGACUGGGAGGUGAUGACCGAUAUUGAGUCCAGCACAAUCAAUCGAGAUAAGAACAGCGUUCCAGGGAUUUGUGAAGGAUUCCUGAUGAAAAAGAGGAAGUAUCCACUUCAGGGUUGGCACAAGCGAUACUUUGUGCUGGAGAAAGGGAUCCUCAGAUACGCCAAAUCUCAGCAGGAUCUGAUGAGAGGGAAGAACCACGGCGCGCUGGACGUCAGCCUCGCUGUGAUGUCAGUCAACAAAAAGUCCAGAAGGAUCGACCUGGACACAGGAGAUUGCCUGUUUCACUUAAAGGCUAAAAACCAGGACAUCUUCUACAUCUGGAUGACCAAACUGACUGCUCACCGCAUUUAUAAGAAGAACGAGGCAAUGAGCAUCCAUCACGGCGUCCUGCAGGCACUCUCGUCCGUGGACAGCAGCACUUUACCCUCCGUGGCCAGUUUAGCUCAGAGGAACAGAGCCAUGAUGGACACGCUUCCUCAGUACCAGAGCUCGGUGUCUGUGUCCCAGCCCAGCACGCUGGGGUCGCCGUCUCUCGCCUCGCUGCGCACCAACCGUAAAGUCUCCGCCUGGCUUCAGCAAACGCAGCGAGCCGACGCAUGCCAGCAAGAGCUGGCCCGCUGUCAGCUGGACCUGGCUGAACUUGGGCGUCUGAUCCAGAUGUUGCAGUGUCUGGAAGGGGAUCUGCCCAUCACCAAUGUGGACCUGGAGAAGAGGAUCAGCAUGCAGAAUCUGACUCUGGAGAAGCCGAAGAGGAAAGGGGGGAAGGUUUGGGGACACAAUCGCACGAUGUCCCACGGCAUGCUUCCUGCCACUGGUCAUCUCGGUGUGUUUUCCGCGUCCUCUGGUCUCGGAGCGUCUCUUCAGUCCAUCCCGGAUUAUGUUUACACUCAGCUCUCCACUCCGAGCUGCACCUCACCUGAGGGAAAGAAACUCCAGCAGAACAUUUGCAUCAUGUCUCAGAGAGUCCACUCAUCUCUGAAGUCCAUCCACGAGGUGCUGAUGUUGGAGCAUGAGCGUCUCACACAAGUGUGGACCGGGCCAGACCUGCGUCAGUCCACCUCCGACCAGCUCGCCUCACUGUACAGCACGCUGUCUGAGCUCGAGCUACAGUCCCGUCACACUAAAGUCCACUCGGUGUCUCUGUCCUCUGAUUCCACUGAGGAGUCGUUCUGCACCGUACGACAGGAUCUGAGCUGUGAGACGCACAGCAGGCUGUCCGUUGCGGAGUCCAUGGCAGAGUAUUUCGACGCAAAGGAGGCGAUGGCGUCUGAGAGCCUAUCAGAAAAUGAGGGUUCUGAUGAGUCGGGACUGAGCGACAUCACCACGAGCAACUCCGAGCCUGAGGAGGGACAUGUGGGGGUAAGCAUGACGUACCGAAAGAGCGUGUCGAGCGCCCCGGACGUUCCUUCCAGCGUGCCGAAGGAGACGGGCCGGCGCACGGUUCUACCGGCACAGUCCUCUGAUAACAGCCACAUCGGUAUCCUGACCAUCCUCUACAACAACAUCGGGAAGGACCUGUCUCGCGUCUCCAUGCCCGUCGCUCUGAACGAGCCGCUCAGCUUGCUGCAGCGCGUCAGUGAGGAGCUCGAGUACUCAGAGCUGCUGGACAUCGCCAGCCGCAUCGACGACCCCUACCAGAGAAUGGUUUACGUGGCCGUGUUCUCCAUCUCGGGUUACGCCUGGGCCUCCUGGAGGAAUCGCUACAAGCCCUUUAACCCAGUGCUGGGAGAGACUUACGAGAGCGUCCGAGAGGAUCGCAGCUUCCGCUACGUUGCUGAGCAGGUGAGCCAUCACCCCCCUGUUUCUGCGUGCCACGCCGAGUCGGAGAACUUCACAUUUUGGCAAGAUCAGCGAUGGAAGAAUAAAUUCUGGGGUAAAUCUGUGGAGAUUGUCUCGACGGGGAUGGUGAACGUCGCACUGCCGAAAUCUGGAGAUCAUUACGAGUGGAAUAAAGCGGUGACCUGCAUCCACAAUGUGUUCAGUCAGCAGCGGUGGCUCGAGCACUACGGUGACGUCGUGAUCCGAAACCUCAACAGUGACGUCUGCUCCUGCAAAAUAACCUUCGUUAAGUCUCGCUAUGGUGCUGGAGAAAAAAACGAGGUCCAGGGUGUGGUUCUGGAUCAGUCAGGGAACGUGGUGCAUCGUUUCGGUGGCUCGUGGCACGAAGGCAUCUUCUGUGACACUCUACCCAACCCACAAUGCCUCUGGAAACCCAAUCCUCAGCCUGAAGAUUAUUUUGAGUAUUACGGGUUCUCUCGUUACGCCAGAGAACUUAACGAGCUCACACCAGAACUGAAGGACGUCCUGCCGCCUACAGACACGCGGUUCCGCCCAGACCAGAGGCUUCUUGAGGAGGGUAAAGUGGCUGAAGCAGAUAAGCGUAAGGACGAGGUGGAGGAGAAACAGAGGGAACGGAGGAAGGAACUGGCGAAGAGAGGAGAGGAACACAUCCCUCGUUUCUUCAGGAAAACUGAGGACGCUGCAGGACGAGAGGUUUGGAUCUCUAAUGGAACGUACUGGAGGAUCCGAGAGAAUCCUGGAUUUGCAAAUACAGAUAAUCUGGAGUUGUGGUGAAUGUAUUGGGUGUAGAAGGGUGUUGGUUUUUUUUUUUUUUAAACAAAUAAAGUGCAAUAUGUAUCGCUCCUGGUGAAUCCUCCUCUAUAGACUCUUGAAUGUUGAAUUGAUUCUGAUUCAUUUGAUUCGAACCACGUCGCUGACUCUGAGGUCUGGAGUAAGUGAUCAUUCUGAAAGGCACGACGAUGAGCCGCGAGUGUUCGUGGUGACGAUGCCUGUGAGGAGCGAGUGACUGCUGAGGUAUUUAUUUAUUUAGACGAUGCUCUUCGUUUUCUCUCUGCCCGUUAGUCAGUGUGGAGAAACUGAACGGUUUCUGUUCAAACUCUCGGCGCUCUUUAAAGCGUUUUAGUUGUUAAAUCCGAGGUGUUUUUUAUAUAUUAAAAAAAAACAUCCUGUACUAUGGGGGGGUUCACACUAGGGUCCUUUAACUCACAUGUGACUCGUGUGUGUGAUGAUGAUGCACAUUUGAACACGUCGGACCUUUCCCUGUUUCUCAGCACUGCUGAUUGUGUAAAUAGUGUGUGGUGUGUGUGUGUGUGUGUGGUGUGUGUGUUUUAGUGAAGAAUCUGACUGUAGAAAUGCCUUUGUAAUUGUACACUUUGAACUGAAUAAAAAUGAGGGGAAAUAAACUGUCA